AUGCGUACCUCCCUCCUUUCUAUUUCAACCCUCCUCGCACUCCCUCUCACAACCUUGGCCGAUUUCCAUUACGGAUUCUCAGAUUACACAAUCACAACGGCCACAGGAAGAUAUGCCAUGAUUUUACCAGCGUCCCAGACGAACUGUACUGAGGCGUAUGAUUUCUAUCCCAAGGGACCUUUUGGUUUUGAGGUUCCUACUGGCCAGGUGAAGGUCGCCAUCUGCGGUGUAGAAGUCAACCUCAACGUAACUUCAGGCUCUUGGUACACAAGUUCUCGAAACAUCCUAGAAGGAAAUUGUACAGCCGUUAACACGACGAAUCCAACGGCCGGAGUGAGAACCCCAGUUUGCAGUAUUGGGUACAACAGUGGCUCUAGUUAUACGGAUAUUUGGAGUUGUCCGGGAGCUGUUUGUAAGACUGAGUUGUAG